AUGGGAUCAGGUGGUACUAUUAUAGGCAAUCACGUUGACAUCUCGACCUCCGUGACGUAUAAAGAGAUGAUGUGUUCACCUACCGAUGAAAAGAAGUUAUUGCGGAAGAGAUAUCUCAGAGUGGCCAGCAAGGUCUGGCCUAGCCUAGAUAAGUGCAGCCGCAUGGAGUCUGAUCUCCACAAUGUCUCACAGAUGCCCGAGUUGAGUAAACGCAUCGAUGCUGGAUGGGGAUCUAUGGCAGCCCACUUUUCAUACAGUCCAAGCCACGGAAGUCUUUCGAAGAUCAGGGUGGCUGAAAGGACAUUUCCCGGUAAGCGACCAAUGCUAGUGGACAUCCCGUGCAGCAGAGUCUCGAGUGGCACAGCCUCGGAUACUGAUGGGACAUGUCACAUUUUGCCAACAAGAGGCGCGGCUAUGCAAAACAAGAACAGCAAGAUUAGAUUUAGGGUAUCCGGACAGGAAGAUCAGCUGACUACCGUCUUAGUUGAAGAAGAUGCGAACGGGCCACGCCAAUAA